AUGCUUCUACCGUGGCUCCUUCCUGCUGCCGUGGCAGCAUGCAGAGGGAGCUGCCACUCCGUUGCGGCAGACCUGCCGAAGGUCCAGUGGGCCUUGCGCGUCUGGACCUUCUGGCCAGGCAUCGCCGAGCUGGAGAUCCGGCCACAGGAUCUAAUGCCAGCCGCAGAGCGGGCUUUGUCAAUGAGGGCAGAGUCCCUUCCGUGCCGGCUUGCCCAGCUUGCGUUGCAGCUUUUCAUUCUUUGCGGCAUGGGCAGGGAGGAGCAACUUCAAGCCCUGAAGGUGCACGAAGAGGCGGUGCUCACAGAGAUCGAUGUGCUUCUGCAGACUUGUGGGAUGGCCGACCUCAUCGAGUCCGGCUGGCCUUUCUUCUCGCUGCUGGCACUGCUGAAGGCAGGAGGAGUAAGCACCGGGGAGGGCGCUCCUCAGCACGCCUCCUGGGUUCGGCACGUGCGAGCAGCUUGGGGAACGGUUCCCCAGGUGGGGCCGCCGCCGCCCGAAAGCGACGUCGUCUAUGCGCCUCCUCGUUGGUCACGAAAAGCUCCAGGGAAGCCCCGUCCUCGACUCCGGCCUCGCCCAGUUUCAGGAUUGGCUGAUGGGCUUCAGAUGGCGGCCGUUGCUGCCGCCAGGGCCGCGGCCUGUGAGGUGCCGCGCUUGCGGCGUGGGUACGUGAAAGUUGCGGAGGCGGCUCUGCAGCUUCACAUGCGCUCCGGGAGAAGGAAAGCUGUGACGGCACGCACUCGCAACCUUCUGACCACACCCUGGCCGGUCUGCGAGUCACUCUCCUUGGUGGAAAUGGGGCUCUUUGCAGUGGAGCCACAAGGGCAAGUUCUACAAGGGCUGCCACCCUGGGUAGGGCAGGAAUUUCUCACAAAGUUGUGGAGCCGGCUUGGAGCCGCUCAUUGGGAUCCUGAGCCCAGCGUUCUGGCCACGCUGCCGGGCUCCGUCCUGCCAUCAGAGGCCCUGCUCUUUCACACACUGGCCGACUUGGAAGGAGUGCAGGUCAUCGUGGAAUCCGGGGUUAGCCAGGGCGGCUCUACAAGGGCAGCCUGCGCUUGGGCUCGCGCCGUUCCCGGGAGGCGAGUUCUGGCCCUGGAGCGCUCCGUGUCGCCUGCCGUCGCGGCGGAGCUGCAGAGCCUGUGUGGAGGCGUUCUCACACUGAAGGAAGGCGACACCUUCAACAUGCUGGACUCGGCUUUGGCAGCCGCGGGCAAUGCCACGGCCUUGCUCUUGGAUGGGCCCAAGGGCAGGGUAGCCGUCCGUCUUGCAGAGGAUGCGAUGAGACGUUUUCCUGGGCUGCGUGUGGCCGCCGUACAUGAUGUUCCACGCCUCGAUUCACGUUACAGGGACGAGCAGGGAAGGCACCUCACUCGCGUGGCGAUGGAGGCUUCGCCAUGUCUGCAGGUCUUCAGCGACGAGCCUUGGUAUGUGGCGAACUUUGCACGGCGGAUAGACGUUGGAACAAGCUGGAGCGACACUUCAAGCGAAACAGGCAGCUACGGCCCGGUGCUGGGGGCCUUGGUUCGCAGAGGCUCGGGCUUCUGCGCCCACGUCCGAUGA